UUACACUCUUUAAAAGGACGCUCAGUAAGUCGGGAUGAGAAGAAGCGAGCAUAGUAUUUCAUUGAAACCAGUUACAGCUGUUUUACAGAAACGCCAAGACAAACACCGGCAAUGAGAGCUUUUGCUGAAUUUGUAUGCCUAGUGGCGUGCAUAGUUGCUGUGCCUGCGAUGGCAUCUGAAAACGGGGCCAAUAAAAGUGGCAGAGGAUUCAUUGGCAGGCCAGAUGAAGAAAACCAAGGAAGCUAUAAGGUGGAUGACUUUGCCCAGUAUACUCUUACCAGCAGCUUGACCACAGUCUUCUUCCCAAUAAUCUACAUUGCUGUGUUUGCUAUCAGCUUGCCUGCCAAUGGGAUAGCUCUUUGGGUCUUCCUCUUCAGGACCAAAAAGAGACACCCGGCUUCUAUUUACAUGGCAAACCUGGCCCUUGCAGAUCUCUUGUUUGUCAUUUGGAUCCCUUUGAAGAUCGCCUACCACGUCAAUGGGAACAACUGGAUUUAUGGAGAAGGUCUCUGCAAAGUGAUGUUGGGCUUCUUCUAUGGAAACAUGUACUGUUCCAUUCUGUUCAUGACCUCGCUCAGUGUACAGAGGUACUGGGUCAUUGUCAACCCAAUGUCCCACCAGAGAAAGAACACGCAGAUUGCAGUGGGCGUCUGCGUUGCCAUCUGGAUUCUCAUUGCACUGAGUACCAUUCCUCUCUACAUUUCAAACCAAACCCUCAAUAUUACAUACCCCAAAAUAACCACCUGCCACGAUGUCCUGCCCGAAGGGGAUUUGAGUUACAACAUGUUUGGUUACUUUGUUUCCAUGGCUGUCGGUGCUUUUCUCUUCCCAGCUGUGCUGACUGUAACGGCUUAUGUUUUAAUGAUCAAGACCCUGACCGCAUCAAUGACCGACGAGAACAUUGGCAAGAAGCGCAGGAAGGCGAUAAUUCUGAUCAUCACAGUUCUGGUCAUGUAUUUGGUGUGUUUCACCCCCAGCAACAUCAUGCUGGUUGUGCACUACUCUAUUCUCCGAAGUAAUAGUAUCGAUAAGGCCUAUGCAUUCUACAUCACUGCGCUCUGUCUUGCUAGCUUGAACAGCUGCAUUGACCCGUUUAUCUAUUACUUUGUUUCACAAGAUUUCAGAGACCAUGUGAAAAAUACCUUUCUCUGUAGGAGCAACCGGACCGUGGAAAGGAUGCGAGUCUCCUUCAGCUCAAUGAAAUAUUCCAAGAGGACCAAUACUUACAGUUCAAGUUCAAGUGCAACUAGGACUUCUAACUGUUGAGAAGACGGAUUUCUGCUUAUACACAGGAUUGUGCAUUUUAGAAAGCGCCAAAUUCCUCACAGGAUAACAGGAUUAUGAAACUCUGACUUUUGUUCAAUAAUGCUGUUUUAGCUAGGUUAAAGUGCCAUUAUGCAGUAAAUGUGACCUUUUAAAAACUGUGAAUUAUUAAUAUGUUGACUUGUAUAGUAAGAGGUUAUUAAACCUUUCAUGCAUGAAAUCUUGAAUUGGCGAGGGGGGGGGAGUAGUUUUGUUUGUUUUAUGUAGGGUGGGGGUAGAAUCGUUAUGUGAGGUUAUCAUGCAUAUGCGUCUCCCUUAUGUCCCCCAUAUAAAGAGCUUUUAUUUAUUUUAAAUCCGUCCCCAUUUUGAGGUUGCUGAGUAUGAAAGGGUUAAAGCAUAAACCAAACUCAAAUGUCCUCAUAUGCACUGGCUGUGAUAAUUUCUAUGCUUUUACUUCCUCAUUUUAAUUGUGUAUUGUUGUAUUGGUAAUUUAAAAAAAAAAAAAAAAAAAAAAAAAGUUUCAUUAAGCAUUUCAUAUAUUUAACUUUUUUAGGCAGCUGUACUGAGUUUUAACUUAUGUAUAUUAAACAGAUUAUACAACCUUA